AUUCUAAUGAGAUUUAAGUGUUAUAUCCAGAUGAAUGGCUGACAUAGAUCUAAUUUGUAACUGAUCUUGAAACCUGCCAAGAAGUUUAAACAUGGACUUUGUACUUGGUGGAAUAGCAACAUGUGGUGCAGGACUCUUUACAAACCCAUUGGAAGUUGUCAAGACUCGGAUGCAACUUCAGGGUGAAUUAAAAUCGAAAGGGCAGUAUUCUGUUCACUAUCGUAAUGCCUUGCAUGCGUUUUAUACAGUAGCCAAAACUGACGGAUGGCUAGCCUUACAGAGUGGACUUAUACCAGCUUUAUGGUACCAAUUCUUUAUGAACGGCGUUCGACUUGGAACGUAUCAAGUACUAAUCAAUUUGAACUUAACGAAAGAUUCGAACGGAAAACAUAGUGCCCCUAGAAGUGUGUUGGCUGGAGCUUUUGCAGGAUGUGUUGGCGCUAUCUGUGGAAGUCCUUUUUUCAUGGUUAAAACUCAGUUGCAAUCUCAAGCUGCUGCCAGUAUAGCAGUUGGUCAUCAGCAUUUUCACAAGGGUAUGUCUCAUGGUCUAGUCAAAGCAUUUAGGGAGUAUGGUAUUACUGGAUUAUGGAGAGGUGUUAGUGCAGCUGUACCUAGAGUUACUGUGGGAUCUGCAGCACAGUUAUCUACCUUUUCUUCCACUAAACAAUAUCUCGUUGAUUCAAAGAUCUGUGCCAAUGAUAGUUUACUGGCAUCGUUUCUAGCCAGUAUGUUAAGUGGAUUGGUGGUCACGUGUUUCAUGACACCAUUCGAUGUGGUGUCAACUAGACUUUAUAACCAGGGUUUAGAUGCUUCAGGAAAAGGACUAUUGUAUGACAAUGUAGGGGAUUGCUUUCGGAAAAUUUGGAGUAAAGAAGGCUUUUGGGGAUUCUACAAAGGUUGGGGUGCAUCAUAUUUUAGAUUGGGACCACAUACGGUACUUAGUUUAGUAUUUUGGGACUCAGCUAAGAAGUAUUAUUACAGUUAUGAUGGUAAUAGGAAUGCGGUACCAUCUUAG